AUGGUUGGUGGUGUAUUGUACCGGAUUGGACGAGAUAGCAUACUGAGGUGGUGUUUGCUACCACAUGAGAUGACUAAGGUGAUAGUGGCAUGCCACAACUCGGCAUAUGGAGGCCACUUUGGAACAGAAGUGACAGUGGAGCUUGAAGUUCCAGCCUUGAGGACAGCUGUAGAGCAUGCUAUGGACUGGGAUGGUGCCAUACAGCAAAGGUUGAACGAGCUAGAACGAUUGGAUGAGACGAGGUUGCUAGCAUUUCAAGCUAGAGAGGCAUUGCAGAAGCGGAGAAAGAAAUGGCAUGAUGAUCACAUUCGAGAGCGGAAGUUUGCAAUAGGGGAUUUGGUGCUGUUGUAUGGCAGCAAGUUUUGGAAGCGGCCAGGAAAACUCAAGAUACAGUGGCUGGGCCCUUACGUGGUGGUGAAUGUCAACAACAAUGGCUCGGUGCAGGUGGCAAAUUUGAGUGGGAACUUGCUGCCAACGCGGAUCAAUGGUUUCUGA